AUGGCUGGAUCGCCUGCUGCUGCCUUUUCCGCGCCGUCCGUCGAGGCCGGGAGAGGCGGCCAUCAUCACGUGCUGCCGCCGUAUCAGUCCCAGCCACAGCCUCUACCUCGACCUCUCUCUCAGUCUCAACAUCAGCCACAGUCUCAACCUCCGAAAUCACAGCCACAUCCAGAGCUCAGCGUAACCUCGCUAUCAUCAACCUCAUCAUCUCCCAACCAGCCAAAGCAGAAGGACCACCACCGCCACCAGCAGCAGCAGCAGCAGCAGCAGCAGCAGCCUCCGACUAAGCGACGCCGCAUCGGAUAUGCCUGCAACCUCUGCCGCACGAAAAAGAACCGCUGCGAUGGCGAGCGGCCGUCUUGCGGGCCCUGCAAGGAGCGGCGCCAGGAGUGCGUCUACAGCCCUCAGCGCACCAAGAUCUCUGUGACGCAAGAGUAUAUUGAGAAUCUGCGAGCGCGGAACCGUAUGCUCGAGGAGCAUCUGGCUACUCAGCAAUCUCAAGGCUCUCACUCACCCCUUGAAAGUACAUACUCGAAAGAGUCACCCUAUACUGCCCGUCUAUCCCUAGACCAGCAUUCGGGUGAUGGUGCAAGGCAACAGCAAUACCCAAACCCUUCUUCAUCUACUUCUACGGCAGAAGCCCCGUCGGGCCAACGUCAUCAGCAAUAUGCAAGGGCAGCAUCUUUCAGCGACCGCUCAACGGCAGCAGUGUAUCGACCCCAUCAGUCUGACAGCAACCGGCACGGCGAUCAACCAAGGAGUAGUCAUUCCUCUUUGCCCGGGGAGUACUUUGGAGAGUCGUCAGCCUUCGACUUCAUCACGAAAGUGACGUCGCCAAACACCACAGAUGUUGCAACGGGCAGUUCGGCAGCCACUGCAACUCCGGCAACUGGUGCCAGCAGUGGUGGUACCGCAAAUACCAGCACAACAGCAACGACAGGCAAGUCAGGAGCGGCCACGACUGCUAAAAGAGGCAUUGCCGAUGCGUCUGGGAUCGGCGGUGGCUUGAAUUCCGAAUCACUGGCAGAGUCUUCCCCGUCGACUGUCGUAUUUGAAGAGCUCCUGGGUAUCGGCGGAGGGAUAGGGGACAGGCACGGGAGCAGUGACUUGUUUGAACUGCCUCAGCGGUCCCUAGCCGACCGCUUGGUGGCGUCGUACUUCAAACACAGGCACCCUCUGAAUCCGUACAUACACGAGGGCACAUUUCGCCAGCGUUAUGCGCGGCUGUGGCUCAGCAAAGAUGUGGGCGGCGAGGAGGCGGCCCCCAACAACCUGGCCUGGCUGGCGGUCGUCAACAUGGUGUUUGCGUUUGGCAGCGAGCACGUGCAGGUUCGGCCUCCUUAUAACGGGAGCCCAGCUGGCUCGGCAUCAGCAAAGCCGGACCGCGCUCGCUUCUUCAAACGGGCCAAGGUGCUGGCAUUCUCGAGCAUAUUGCAGGCCAGGAUCGAGCUCGUCCAGGCGUUGCUGCUGAUGAGCCACUAUCUGCACGGCUCGCUGGAGCUCAAUCAUUGCUGGACCGUCAUCGGGCUGGCCAUUCGUACAGCGCAGGAGCUGGGGCUCUAUCUCGCCCCUGCCAACUUCACAGAGGACAUCAUCGAGCAGGAGAUUCGCAAGCGUGUGUGGUGGGGUUGCUUCGUGAUCGACCGUCUCGUCAGCAUCAAGGUCGGACGGCCCCCUACGAUCCACGACAUGCCUGCCAUUCGUGUUGGGCUCCCUCUUGCGGUGGACGAUGAGUUUCUCGACGAAGCGUCCAAUUACACUCAGCCGAGCCAUGUCCCGUCCAAGAUUGAAUUCUUCAACCACAUUGUGACACAAUGCCGCUUGCUCGCCAAAGUGCUCGACACGCUGUAUGACAACACGCCCAGUAGCAGCGGCAGCAUGGGAGGCAGCAGUAGCUCGUCAUCGGCAAGCCGCGAGACUAGGGUUCGCAUCAAGGUCGACUUGCCGGAACUUUUGGCCAUGUCGAUUCAACUCGACGGCGAACUCGUCGUUUGGCAGAGCCUGCUGCCUCCCCAUUUGCGUGCAGACUCGGAUGUACCAGAAUGGCACUUUGAGCGGCAGCGAAGCGUCUUGCUCAUGCGUUUUCUUCAUAUUCGACUCCUUAUCCACCGCCAAACAUUGCUCUACCACAUUCUCCGUCGCAUCUCCGAUCCCUUUCAGCUGGAUCUGGCGCAUCUGUGUAUCCGCCGCUGUGUCAUGGCAGCAUAUGAUGCCAUCACCCAGGUGCAUCUCUUGCAGCAACACAACCUGCUGUCUUCCUCGUGGCACAACUCACACUCCUUGAGCGUCCUAGUCGUCUACAAGCAUCUGGACCCUCACUCGCGCGCAAAGAUUGACAUACCGCCCUCCUCGGAUAUCGAUCGCGUCAUUGGCCAAGGCCUUGAGCACCUGCAGCGUGUUGGCGGCGAAAUGCAUCCCCUUGCUUCGCGUUAUGUCCGCUCCUUUCAGCAGCUGCAAGCACGGCUGCAGGCAAUCGGAACGCUCUCCGCGAAUGCACCACCGCUUGCCGUACGCGGUAAGCAGCCCCUGUCAGCCAAGGAGGAUGGUGCGCCAGGAUACGAUGCAGCGCGUAUGGCGAGCUCUACCACGGAUUCCGAUCAGAGCAGCAGCAAUGUGGAUGCAGCUUCAAACGGAAGCACCGGCAAAGGAUCCGUAGCCAUGACGGAGCAGGGCCAGGAACAUGGCGGAGUGUAUUACGGCGUGGAGGGAUACCAAGAGCAGACGGUUGAGUAUGGAGACAAUGGCUUCAUGUGGGCUGGAUUUGACGACGAGUUUGCCGUGAUUCAGAGCGCCUUGCUGGAUAGUAGCGGAUGGGGGCCUGGGUUUCUGGACCCCUGGGCGCAGGGAUGA